AUGGCAGGCCAGUCCCAUAUCUUCAUCGCCGCGCCGGUGCGCACCGGCGCGGCGGAAGCGCUGGCCUCCUUGCUCGAAACUAUGAACGCCGCGCCGGGAACGGCUGACCCUGCCAAUGCUCUGCUGCCCUUCGGCCGCAUCCCCACGAUCCACGUCGCCCGCUUCGUCAUCCUCGACGACCACUCGCUGCCCGAUCGGCCCCAAAUCGCCCCGCAAUUGCCAGCCACCGAGCCGCUGCGCCUCGCCUUCAUCGCGGAUUGCGACGGCCCUGCAGACGAUCUGCUGCGCACCCUCGUCGAUCUCGCCGCCCCCGGCCUGCAACAAAUCUUCAGCCACUGCAGCGAUUUCGACGCCCACACGGAUCUGCUCGCCUGGCUCCACGCUUACCGCAUCGUCUCCGCCGCGACCUAUGCCAAUUGGCCGGGCCGCAGCAUGAUCCAAGUCCGCGAAGAAGCUACGCUCCACGCUGCGCUCCGCCAAACCCGUCUCGCCCAUCCCGAAGCCUCGCCCGAACAAUUGCGUGAUAUCUUGCUCAUCGCCGCGCGCAGCGUACCACUUACCCCGCUCCCCGUCCCCACCUUCGCCCAGAGACUAGCGCAAACCGGCGAUUUCCUGCUGCUGCCACUAUAUGCGCUGCUGCUGUCACCGCUCCUCAUCCCCGCCCUGCCAUUCCUCAUCCUCCUGCUGCGCUGGCGCGAAACCCAUGAUCCCGUGCUCGCCCCGGUUCCCUCGAUUGCGCGCAACAAGCUGCUGUCCUCGAUUGAGGACCGUGACGUUACUAACCAAUACAGCGCGAUCGGCUCGCUCAAACCCGGCCUUUUCCGCCGCUGGCUGACCGUCGCCGUCCUCUGGGUCAUCAACUGGAGCGGCCGCCACCUCUUCAACACCGGUCGGCUAGGUCGCGUCAACACCAUCCAUUUCGCCAGCUGGACCUUCCUCGACGACAAGCGGCGGCUGUGCUUCGCCAGCAAUUACGACGGCAGCCGCGAGGCCUAUAACGACGAUUUUAUCAACAAGGUUGCCUUCGGGCUCAACCUCUCCUUCUCGAACGGCCUCGGCUACCCGCAAACCAACUGGCUGAUCUUCGACGGCGCCCGCCACGAGCAGGAUUUCAAGCGCUACCUGUUCCACCACCAGAUCCCAACGCAAGUCUGGUACAAAGCCAUACCCGGCCUCACCACCCUGGAUCGCGGAGAUAUGAGAAUGGCUGCCGACGACGAAGCCGCCGACAUUCAGGCACUAGCUGAUCGCGGCUUCAGAUCGCUCACCGGCGCUUGCUACCUGCUGCUGCGCAUCGAAAAUCCCGUCCUCGCCAAACCCUGGCUGCGCACCCUCGAGAUCGCCUCGGUGGCACAAGCCCGCGCGCAGCAUCUGCCGCAAGUUUGCCAGAUCGCCUUCACCGCCGCCGGCCUGCGCGCGCUGGGCACCGAGGUCACCCCCGGAGCCGGCUUCGACCCGCAAUUCAUCGACGGCAUGGCCGGUGACGAACGCCGCUCGCAUCAGCUGGGAGACGAAGGCGCCAAUGCCCCCGCCCACUGGCACUGGGGCGUCGGUGAACAAGAGCCGCAUAUCCUGCUGCUCCUGCUUGCCCUAAACCCCGCGAUCGACAGCCUGGCGCAGGCUACAUGCAGCGCCGCCCAGGCCGCCGGCUGCGCGGUCGUCAGCGGCCAUACCGCGACCACCACCACCCCGCUCGGCCGCGAACCUUUCGGCUUUGCCGAUGGCGUCUCGCAGCCCGACUACGAUUGGGGCGGCACGCUCACCCCCGGCGGCGCCCGCGACCGCGAUUAUCGCAAUCUGCUGGCGAUGGGCGAGUUACUGCUCGGCUAUCCUAACGAAUACGGCUUCAUCGGCGAUUACCCGCAGGCCGACGAGCUGGGCCGCAACGGCUCCUAUCUGGUCUACCGCCAGCUAGCGCAGGAUGUCGCCGGCUUCUGGCAAUGGUUGGUGCGUCAAGCCGGCGACGGCGCCAUCGCGCUGGCCGAACGCAUGGUCGGCCGUGAACUCGACGGCGCUCCCCUACCCGGGCUCGAAUCCGCCACGAUCAUGGGCACCGUCGAUCCGCGCAAUGCCUUCCAUUUCGCCGCAGAUCCCGAUGGCCGCAUCUGCCCGAUCGGCGCGCAUAUCCGCCGCCUCAAUCCGCGGAGCAGCGACGACCCGCAGGGGCACCACGGCUUCCUACGCGAUCUCAUCUCCUCGGUCGGCUUCAGCGGCACCGCGAUGCACGAUGCCGUCGCCUCCGCCCGCUUCCACCGCCUGUUACGCCGCGGCCGCCCCUACGGCCCGGUGAUCGUGCCGCAGGCCGCGAUGCAGGGUACGGGCGCCGACCAGGAAACCGGCCUGCAUUUCCUCUGCCUCAACGCCAAUCUCGCCCGCCAGUUCGAAUUCGUCCAGGGCGCCUGGGCCGCCAGCCCGAAAUUCGCCGGCCUCGCCGCCGAGCAGGACCCGCUGCUCGGCAACCGUCUGCCACUCGCCGGCGCGCAGCCGAGCGAUGCCUUCAGCUACACCGAUACCGGCGCCUGUCCCCGUGCGAUCAGCGGCCUCCCGCAAUUCGUCACCGUGCGUGGCGGCGCCUAUCUCUUCCUGCCCGGCCUGCGUGGCCUGGCGCAAAUAUUGAGGGAUCGCUGA